UCCACUCAUCUUUGAUAUACCAACUUAGCAUUCCAUUUGCGACACCGAGCAAAUACCCGGAGACAAGGAGAAGUAAUGGCCGAGUCGGCCGUCGGUGCUGUGCUCGGCAAUGUCAGCACCCUUGCGGUUCAGGAGACCACGCUCCUAUGUGGAGUUAGCCUAGAAGUGGAGUUCCUCAAGGAUGAGCUCAAGCGGCUGCAAGGCUUCCUCCAAGACGCCAACAACAAACGGAGGCGGGGAGAUGAAAGUAUUGUUGUCUUGGUCAGCCAGAUCAGAGAUGUGGCGUAUGAGGCCAACAAUGCCAUUGAAGCCGCUGAGUACAUGCAGAAGAGAAACAGAUUGAAGAAGGGAUUCAUGGGUGCCAUUGCAAGGUAUGCUCGCCUACCAAGUGAUUUGACUACCCUUCACGAAAUUGGUGUCGAAAUCCAACGGAUCAAAAGGAAGAUUUCUGAUAUAUUUGAAAGUGCAAACCGUCUGAAAAUAGUUGAUUUGGGGAAUACUUCAAUAGAAAAUGUUCAUCUUGAUGAUGAGUUCCAACUAGAUUAUGGCCCUAUGCAUCAAAACAUUGAAGAAAUUGUAGUUGUUGGCUUUGAGGGUGAGUACAAAGAAAUAGCGGGGAAGUUAGUGGAGGCAGAGAAGAGCCUUAGUGCUAUCUCCAUCGUUGCUAUGGGUGGGGCAGGAAAAACAACACUUGCUAGAAAAGUCUACACUUCAGAUAGAGUCAAACUACACUUUGAUACAAUUGCUUGGGUUACUGUAUCUCAAAAGUACAAGGUCAUUGAUUUACUAAAGGAUAUUCUAAAACAAAUAGUGGAGAGGAGAGAUGAGUCAAUUGAUAAAAUGGAUGAGUACGAGGUGGGAAAGAAGAUCCAUAAUCUUUUGUUCAAAAAAAGAUACUUAGUAGUUCUUGACGAUGUGUGGGAAACAGAUACAUGGGAGCAAUUAAACAGAACCAUUACUGCCUUUCCAGAUGCAACUAAUGGUAGUAGGAUACUAUUAACCACACGGAAAGAAGAUGUUGCACGUCUUGUUCAGAUGCCAACCUAUGUUCAUUCUUUGAAGAAGUUAGAUGAAGAGAGGAGUUGGGAACUCUUUAGUAGAAAAGCUUUACCAUCGUAUAAAAGGUCUGCUAUAGCUCAUGUGGAUGAGUUUGAAAAACUUGGAAGAAAGCUUGCAAAGAAAUGUGACGGAUUGCCACUUGCACUUGCAAUUUUGGGGGGUUAUCUAUAUAAAAACCUAAAUAAACAAGCAUGGACUGAUAUACUAUUGGAUUGGCCUGCAACAAAAAAUGGAGAGAUGAUGCAAAACAUACUAGCUCGUAGUUACAAGGACCUGCCAAAUCAUUAUUUACGAUCCUGUUUUCUCUAUAUUGCUGCUUUUCCUGAGGAUUACGAAAUUUAUGUGUCGGAUCUUAUGGAAUUAUGGAUAGCAGAAGGCUUCAUUCCACACACACGAAAUCAUAAACUAGAAGAAACAGCACGCAAGUAUGUAGCCGAGUUGGCCCAGAGAAGCCUUGUGCAGGUUACUGGUAGAAGUGAGGCACAUGGAUGGAUUGAGAAAAUAAGGGUUCAUGAUAUUUUACGUGAUUGGUGCAUAGAAGAGGCAAGAAAAGAUAGUUUUCUUGUUGUCAUCGACAAAACUUCAGGCCAAGUUGGUGCAAUAUCAACUGAUAUCACGAUAUCAUAUCGUUACUGUUAUCAGCACUUCAAUGGUCAGAAUUUGCAGGCAUCACGUAAUCUCUGAGCUCUAAUUGGGUUUCAUCUUCGAUCAAUAUCCCUUCCUAAACUCAGAUUUCUUCGUGUUCUUCACAUUGAAGACUCAAGCCUAAGGGAUUCCUCUAGGGCAAUAGGUGGGUGCAUUCAUCUAAGAUGCCUCAAGUUGAUAAGAUGUAGACGUGUGACCCUCCCUUCAUCAAUUGGACAACUCCUUUACUUGCGAACUAUUGAUAUGAGGAACACACAUGCACUGGUACCAAAAUCUAUGUGGAAUAUCCCUUCUCUAAGGCAUGUUUACCUCUCUGAUGAAUUUUUUCCACCAAGGGGUGUGCAUCAAAAUGAGCUCAAGACCUUCCGGUUAAAGCUUACAGUUGAAAAUGCUACUUUUGCCACUAUGGGGAAAGUCUUCAAUCUUGAUAUGAUGAUGUUUUUGGGCCAAAUGACUCAACUAACAGACUUGUCGUUGAGAUGCAAGCCUAAGGUGUGGGUCACAAGGUCACGCAUGCCUUCGGAAAUGGUGAAUAUAUUAGCAAACAUGCCUCACCUAGUUGAUGUUGAGCUCCAUAGAUUCGAUGUGCUUGAUAAGUUUCCUGAGAGCCAUCACUUCCCACAAAGCCUACGAAGAUUCUCUCUAGAAGCUGAUUCCAUUCAACAAGACCCGCUGCCGGUGUUGGAGAAGCUCCCAUGUCUUGUGGUGCUGAGGUUGAGUGGGUACACUGGCCAAACCAUAUCAUGCUCUGACGGGGGUUUUCCUCGUCUCCAGAACUUAUGGCUUACUAGCUUUCAUAACACUAAGGAAUGGAAGAUCGAGGCUGGGUCCAUGCCAAAGCUCUCCCACAUGAUACUCGAUGAGUUCAGUAAGAUGAGAAAGGCCCCCGAGGCAUUGCUGCACCUUCCGUCACUCAAUCUGCUGGAACUAAAUGGUAUGCCCUUGAUUUCUGUUGGAGAAGACAGCACGCAUCGAAGGAGCUGAAGCAGAAAGGAUGCAAGGUGACUGGAGGAUAAACAGUCUGGUGGUUAUGGAGCUUAACUACGAGCAGCGCACAUGUUUAAUUGUUACUGUUCCCUAAUUCCGAAGGCAUUCUUGGACUGCAAGAGAUGAAUGUGUUAUAUCGGGCCUGCAUGUAUCUCUCAGUCUGUCUAUGUGUUCGUUUGAUGAAAUAGGCCUAUAUGUUGUCUUUAAGACGAUUAUUGUGCCUGUAUUUCCGAUUAUUGUAACAAAUAAGAAUGGGGCAUUGGUCUACCCUAACAUGUGCUGCCUUCAAGACGAUUAUUGUGCCUGUAUUUCCGAUUUCUGCAAUGGCAUGCCUUGCAAGUUCGUGUAUUUCUUUCAUGCUCUCUUUUCAUGGUGAGCAGAGCACUCACUGUUAUCAACUCCUCAUGUAAUGUGUGUCUGUAAAGUGGGCUUUGAGAGGAUAAUU